UGGGCCCUCCCACCGCUAUUGUGCUGGGGAAGAUGUAGCUGCCUCUUCUCUGAGCCACCCCUUUGCCUCCGGACUUCUCUGGGGCCAACAGCCGCCGGACCUGGGGCCCGGGGCCACGGGCUUAGCUGACUACCAUGGGCUCCGUGUCAAACCAGCAGUUUGCAGGUGGCUGCGCCAAGGCGCCGGAGGAGGCGCCGGCGGACGCGGCCCCGUCGGGAGAGGAGCCGCAGUUGCUGCACGGUGCCGGCAUCUGUAAGUGGUUCAACGUGCGCAUGGGGUUCGGUUUCCUGUCCAUGACCGCCCGCGCCGGGGUCGCGCUCGACCCACCGGUGGAUGUCUUUGUGCACCAGAGUAAGCUGCACAUGGAGGGCUUCCGGAGCCUGAAGGAGGGCGAGGCAGUAGAGUUCACCUUUAAGAAGUCCGCCAAGGGCCUGGAGUCUAUUCGAGUCACUGGCCCCGGUGGGGUCUUCUGUAUUGGAAGUGAGAGGCGGCCAAAAGGGAAGAACAUGCAGAAGCGCAGAUCAAAAGGAGACAGGUGCUACAACUGUGGAGGUCUAGACCAUCAUGCCAAGGAAUGCAAGCUGCCACCCCAGCCCAAGAAGUGCCACUUCUGCCAAAGCAUCAGCCAUAUGGUGGCCUCAUGUCCAUUGAAGGCCCAGCAGGCCCCCAGCUCACAGGGAAAGCCAGCCUACUUUCGGGAUGAAGAGGAAGAGAUCCAUAGCCCUGCCCUGCUCCCAGAUGCCCAGAAUUGAGCUACAGUGUGUUGGAGGCUGUCCUUUUGUGAUCAGGAAGUUUCAAGGAGCAGGCAUCAAUCGGCAGAAUGGAGAAAGUGGGGACAGGGUGGGUAAGGGGCAGCUGGCACUGCCAUAUAUCUCAGGUUGGGUUCCACAGACUCACCCCCUCUUCCUUCUCUGUCAGGGGGAGCGGGGAGGCAAAGGAACCCAACCACACUAUCCAAUGCAUGUGAGGGCUUUGGGGAAAAUACCUCUGUGCAGGCUUUAUUGAGUCUCCAGCUUCUGAAAGUGACCUGGAUAGGGAGUUGUUUUCUUUUUAAAGAAGGAUAUGUAAUGAUAUUUCCCCUGCCGGAGUGAAAAGAUUAGUAUGAGACCAGAUUGAUGAACCCAGCCCACAAAUGAUUACAUUCUGUGGGAGGGAAUCUCUCAGGGGUACAGCAGGGUUUUUCCUUAUCCCCCACUCUUGGGAGAGGGUGCUGAAAAUUGCCCGAAGCAAUGGGUUGUGACUAUAGGCAAAAGGGAUGGUUGGGGAACAGCUGCAGACCCACUGCUCCUAAGCUGCCUCCCACCCCAUUUCUGGGCCAAUACAAUUUUAUUUGGUCCCUUGGAUAACUGCACCUUGGGUCCCACUUUCUCCAGGAUGCCAACUGCACUAGCUGUGUGCGAACGACGUAUCUUGUGCAUUUUAACUUUUUUUUUUUUUUUUCGUAAUAUAAAUAUGCUGGUUUUGUAUUUUUGUGUAUUUUAAUCUAAGGCCCUCGUUCCUGCACUGUGUUCUCAGGUACAUGAGCAAUCUCAGGGAUAAGUGGGCAGCAGCUCCGGGUCUGCACAGCAGGAAUACUUUUUGUUGUUUUAUCAUCAGGGAGAACAACUAUUUGGAGUGUAUAGCCUAUUGAACUACCUCCUUUUUGCCAGUUAGAGCUGGGUUUUCUGCCAUAGUGUCCUCUUGAAACCCCUCCAUCUUCAAUGUUUUGUGGAAGACUAGAUUUUAACUGGGUGGCCCCAUUACUUGAUCCCCUUCUAUCAGAAGAUUGCAGAUUGGUCUGAACAGGAAUAAGUGGUUGGCACAGAGGUUAGGAGAGAUGGGGCUAGGUGAAAGGCACAGAGGGGGAGCCAAGAUUAGGUGAGGUUGUCUAUAUGUGUGUAACCAAGGAUUCCUGUUCCAGACCUCUAAUUCCAGGAUUUGGGAUUCACAUUACAUACCAGAUGCAUACCUCACUAGAUCGGGCUAGGUUUACCAUGCACAACAAGGGGUGUUUGUGUGCGUGUCUGUGUGUGUCUUAAAAACAAAAAAAUGAGUUAAUAAAGAUAGGUUUUAAAA